AGAACGAAAAAGAAAAAAAAAAACCCCUUCCGCAGUCUGUGCUUCACACUAAUGACAUCCUCGUUUUCCCCGCUCCACCUCCCACAAUCGCAUUUCUGUCUUCCGCACAUGGACAUCUAUUAACAUUCGCGGACAAUCGUUCGAAAGGAAGAAAAGCAUCCCUACGCAAAACGCACGGAGAAGAGCAAAAAAAAAAAAGAAUAAAAAAGGGGGGAGAACCAAGAUAUAUAUUAGAUUGUAUAACAAGGAUCGAGUGGGAGAAAGAAGGAAAACGGAAAACGGAAAGAAAACAAAUAGUUAACCAUGUUGUCGCCAAAGACGGAUCCUCGCAAGCCUCCAGAGUAUAUCCUCGAGGUCUUCGCUGAUCCCACUUCCGUUAAGGAUAUUGUGAAAGGCAUCCUCCACACAAUCUUCUUCCACCGCUACUUCCCCUGCAUCCGCCCCACCUCCUUCGACGUCCUAAACCUCACCCUCCCCGCCAUUAGCGACGUCGAGCUCGAAACCCUCAUCGACGCCCGCGUCAACUCCCUGAUCCGCCAGCAUCUAUCGUCGUCGGCCAAUUCGCCCAAUGGCGGCGUGCGAGGGCGCAUUGCUGUGCAGUUUUUCGAGAAGAGGAGGAGGAAGGCUAGUGCGGGGCCGUUGGGGUUUGGGGCCGGGCUUGUUGGGGGAGGGAGGUGGCUUGUGGGCGGGUUGGCGGGGAGGGGGGGUGCUGGGGGGAGCGGUGGUGGUGGUGGUGGUGGUGGUAGGGAAGGUGGGGGAAUGAAUGAGGAGGAGGUAUGUUGGGAGAUUUGGACGGUUGAUGUUACGAUUGCGACGCCGCGGACGGAGUCGGAUCGCGCAAAAGUCCGCAAAGCCAUGGAGAAAAUGCUGCAAAAGGCCGCAUUUAAAAUCGUUGCUAUCGUCAAUAAAGACAAAGAUCACAUCCCGCCUAUUACCACGAGCGACUCGAAUCCGUUCCCGUAUCAGAUCGUGCUGAAUCCCAAGUUGGACAGUUGGGGCAAUAAGUUUGGGCUCUAUUGAGUCCCUCAAUCCCCCCCCCCCUGCCUUCCAAGGUUUCUGCGGAUCCGAUGUGCGAAGUGAUCGGUGGCAGUCAUUCCCACGUCAAAGAUACACCAAAUGUUUUUCCUCUACAUUCCCGCGCAACCCCCCCCUCUCCCCAGGGUCGCGAUUAAGCAAACAGACCCUACCUUACCCCCUAUCAUCUGUAACCGCCGGUUUUUGUCAAAGCGGGAAGCUGAGCGUUCAACACGCAACGGAGUUAAGAGGGGGUUCCUCCAGCUGAACAACCCCCGCCCAAGAAGGAAGAAGAGAGCGAUGUCGUCCCACUCUCUCGCUCCCUGCUAUUAUUCUAUCGUCCCAGGGGCAGCAGCCAUAAAAACGGGAAACGAUAUUAUUGAAUCAGGGGCCAAUAGUAUAUAUCACAAUUCAGGGAAAAGUACGGAUCAUAAAAGGAGAAGCGAAAGGAUGGAAAAAUAUGAAUAUGAAUGCCUAAAGGAAAAAAGGGAACCGGAAGACAGAAGAAACAAAAAAAAAAUGAGUUACACGAGCCCCCCAGGAUCCCCGAUCCUUCUGCCCCUCACUCGCCACCCCAUAUUCCGUGACGUUCAUACCGACGCUCCUCAAAAACAAUCUAAACGAACAAUAACAAAAAUAACGAAAAAAAAAGGAGGACCGAAUUUUGCAGUUCUCAGUAUAUGGGGGAGGUUGCUACAUAUAGAGAACCGCAUUGUGCACAAGAAACCCUUCCACUGAUACAAUUUUGUUGACAAAAACCUUAUAUAUCAUGUCUCAUAAAACUAGCGGGUGUUGAAAGGAGACAUAAAAAACUAGUCAAGCUGCUGGCGGCAGAAGUUCAGUCGCAUGGGUACCGUAAACGAAGAGCCGAGAAAUUUUUAUGUCGCCUUUCAAUUCCGGACCAACCGUUCUCUUUCUGUUUUCGACAUGGUUUUAGGACGAGUGGGGCUUGGUGGCCUGGUCUGCCUGGGAGCGGAGGUUGGAGGCAGUAGAUCCACUGGUGAAAUACCGGGAAAAGACUGGCUGAAGGAAGGAAUGGAAGACAAGUUGUGCGCCGCUAAUUGGUUUUGAUCGGUGUGAGUUAGAAGGAUGGAUGGGUAUUCAACCUCGCAAGAAAGUAUGGCAUCAUGUAUGGGAUAUUUCAGAAGCACUUGCUUACCUAGUCUGGGGAAGAGCCAUCCACAGAAUAAGAACAAAUUUGAACAUAUAGUAGAAUGCUACACGCAACUUGUUAGUAUACAUGUCAUGAAGAGAGGCACCGAGAAACACCGAGAAACUAGAAUUGUAAAGGACAUACGGAACCAAUAGGCAGCACUGAUAGCGCUCUCAACAACAGUCAGGCAGGCAUAGACAACCCAGUACUAUUUGCAUGUGAUUAGUAUUACAUCAUGCGGGCGGGAGGGAUUACACGGGGAUGGGUGGCUUCAUGACCCCUGGGAAGUCAUUGGUACGAACCGUCAACCACUAUAGGUAAAUUCCGCGCAUGUUAGCAAAUCACGCUCAUCAAAGACAACAGAAAGUGAGGAACGGUAGGCAGGGCAACAAGAACAAUGAACCAUACCUGAGUAUCAUCCGUCUUUGUGGUUGUAAACAAAGCCUGGAGAGAGUAGUAUCCCGGAAUGAGGAAGCCAGCGAAGUUAACCAGGAAAGCUCCGCCAAUAUUGAAGAACACCAGGAAAAAGUAGAUGCCGACGAGUCCGAGGAAGGCAUAGACCUUUGGAACAGAGGUCUGCCUUUCGAAGUUGUUCAGGAUGGGGUAUUUGGACAGCUAUAGUUGAUAGUAAUCGAAUUAAUAUCUGG